GGUUUAAUAUGUUCUUAUGUAUGAUAGCUGCCAGUGCCCGGGGCCUCGGGCAGCUAUCAGCUCGAGGCUUAAUAAAGGUGGAUAUUAAAGGGUGCACGUGUAUGUGGUUCUCACAUCCUGUACCACAAGAGAAAGAAAAGCAGUAAUCUAGCUGCCGUAACAGUCACUUUGCUUCUCGAAUGCUUUCUUUCCCCUGGACUAGCUCUCGAUACCAUUGGUCCAUUCACUUCCUGACUGGAAGUAGAAAAAGGGGCUUGGACUUCGUAAGCGUAUGCAACCGGAAGUUAAGUCAUUGUUGACUGGAGGAGUGUUUGGGUGUGUAUGCGUUAUUCUCUCAUACCAGAUGGUUUUACUUGCUCAAGACUGAAUUCCCUCAACUGACUCGACAAGUUAGUAGCCAGCCUGAGUCAUCGGCUCUCUUUCACCAAAGCUCUUUCUGCUGAACCGAGUCCUUCCACCACCAGGCAGCCAUGCAGAUCAAGACCUGCCUGGUGCCAUACCCUCCUCCAUGCGCAUCCUAAAGUAGAUGCAGCCCCGCUGCAGAUGAGGAAGCAUGCUGGCUAUGGACCAAGGAGUGGUGGAGGAAUGGCUGUCCGAAUAUAAGACGCUGCCUGACAAUGCUGUGUCCAACUAUGCCGCAUCAUUGAAAGACAAAGGAGCACUGGUUCCUGCACUUUACAAAGUCAUCCGGGAGAACUACAGCGACUUGCUGGAGCCCGUGUGCCACCAGCUGUUUGAGUUCUACCGGAGCGGAGAGCCCCGACUGCAGCGCUUCACCCUGCAGUUCCUCCCGGAGCUGCUGUGGAGCCUGCUGUCGGCCAGCUCAGCCAGGGACCCGCACACCUCAGGCUGCAUCGAGGCCCUGCUGCUGGGCAUCUACAACCUGGAAAUUGUCGAUAAAGAUGGACAGAGUAAAGUGUUGUCCUUUACCGUCCCUUCGCUCUCAAAGCCGUCAGUGUAUCAUGAGCCUUCAACUAUUGGCUCCAUGGCCCUGACGGAAGGUGCUCUGGCCAAUCACGGGCUUAGCAGGGUGGCGUACAGCGGGCCACACAUCCAACGAGAGACCUUUACCGCUCAGAACAGGUUUGAGGUGUUGACCUUUCUCCUGCUGUGCUACAACGCUGCUCUCAGCUACAUGACCCCUUCCUCUCUCCAGGCUCUCUGCCAGCUCAGCUCUCGGGUCUGUAUAUGCGGUUACCCACGGCAACAGCUGCGGCGCUACAAAGGCAUCAGCUCAAGACUGACCGUCACGUCCGAGUUCCUGGUCCAGCUCAUCACAGGGAUUCACUACGCCUUGUGUAACGGAGAUGUAGAGGUGGGUUCCAAAGCCCUCGAUGACGUUCUGUACCGGGCUCAGUUAGAACUCUUCCCAGAAGCUUUGCUGGUGGGCAACGCCAUUAAGUCGUCAAUGCACUGCGCGGCGUUGAAGAGCAACAACAAGGAGGGUCCGCGCAGCAUCCAGGUGGAGAUCACGCCCACCGCCUCGCGGAUCUCCCGCAACGCCGUCACCUCCCUCUCCAUCCGGGGCCACCGCUGGAAGAGACACGAUGCUGUUGAUCUGGGUUCCCCGGACGAGCUGAUGGAGAUCUCAGAGGUGGAUGAAGGGGUGUGGCCGGGUCUGACGGCGCCAGGCGACGCGGCCACACCCACCAUCACCAUAAGCAACAGUUUCACCACGCCCAGCCUGGGGGCGCGGGCCAUGAAGAAGUGCCGGCUGGCCGGGCGCACCAGCAAGGACAAGGAAGCGGGCCAGGCGCCGGGUGGGCGGGCCACCAGCGAGAGCGCCGAGCUGUCCGUCAAGCGGCUGACGCUCACCUCCAGCCAAUCGGUGCCCAAGGCGGGGGCUCUGAGCAACCUGACGCGAACCGCCAGUGCCGUCUUCUCCCGCUCCUUUGAGGCCAGCAGCGCCCCGGUGCCCAACCACCUCCACCACCACCACCACCACCACCACUUGCACCACGCAGGGUCAGACGCCGGCGUCCACGAGGCCGCCGCGCGCUACUCCUGCAGCAUGCAGGAGGAGGGGCUGGGGUACCUGAACCCCGGGCCCAGCCACUCGCCCCUCUCCACCAGCAUCAGCGUGCACCUGGGCCCCGACCUUUGAACCCCCAUGACCUGCAGAGCCCCCAUGCCCCUCGUACCCCAUGUGACUUGUGAUUUGCAUCUGACCUCCGUACCAGCGACCUGGAGCUCCAAGCUAUGCUAAGUGCAAAUGACCACAAAGUAUUGAUUGGAGAUCUGCUCCUGUAUCACCUGCCACCAUGUUCCAAGUGUCUUUCCUGUCUCCCUAAACCCCCCCCCUCCCCCCAUCUGUAGUGUUAACCCCAAAACACCCUUCUAGUCGGCUUCCAUAAGCUUAGCCCCCCCCCCCCCCCCCCCCCAACUAAAGCACCCCAAAAAGGGCCAGUCCUGGGCUUGACCGAUGGAGCCCGUCUGUACUUAACCACACCUCUUUCCCUCCUAAGGACAAAACGGUGUUCCUGCCCACUAAAGUCCUAUUUUAAACGAGCCGGGACACUGGGGAACCUUAUGCACAUAUUGCUAUAAACUGUGGUUUGAGAAGAUUUGUUAAAUGGUGUGUGUGUGUGUGUGUGUGUGUGUGUGUGUGUGUGUGUGUGUGUGUGUGUGUGUGUGUGUGUGUCUUUUAACGGUUUUUAGAAAAUUGGCUGCUGAUUGAUGUAACGAUCACGUUUCUUUUGUGAAAUGAAACUGUCUUUUCAUGAACUUCCUCAAAGUAACUGAUAGCAAUAGCAAUUGUUCCCAAAAGUAUCCUUCCUUUAAAAAGAAUCAAACCUGUGUUAACAAAUCUGUGGUUCAUCCUCUUCUUUAAACUUUUAAAAUCAACAAUUCUCCAGGUUUUCCUUUGCAUUCAUCAAAGUUAAUGGGUAUGGUUUAACAUUGUUGAGCUGAAAAGAAAAGCAGCAGGAGACCAACUGAUUCUUCGUGUUUACAAGUGGACAGUAUUGUCAUCGCCCUGUGGAAGCAAUAUUUAUGUCCUUUCUUUUUGUACUCCUCUAGUACCUUUUCUCUGAAUCGCUGUGUCCCAUAGCAGAAUAAAGUGUUUUACAAAUGGCAUGUUUUUUGAUUUUGGGCAGUUGUCUGAUGGAUAUCUUGUGUUCGAUGUUGCAAAGAGUGGGGCAAAAGCAUUGGAUCUGAAGUAUUUUUCAUACUCGUACGAUAAACCAAACAAAUGGUACUCAUUUUGAAGUUUUGAACAUCCUCAUUGUUGAAGGCUUAGUGACAAACAAAUGUGAUAAUUUCCCAUGCCUCCAUGCCAAAGGUUCAAGAAACAUGUGUGAUAAGUCCUUAUUCUUUAAGAACGUUAUGUGUGCGGCUUUAGUCUUUUGGCCCCUUUAAGGUCAUUUCCGAGAGUGGGGAAUAAGAAGUUUACGAGGCAAUCUUGAUUCUGGUGCACUCCAAAUCACACCACAUCACACUCCCAACGAUGGGGCUGAAGGUAAAUGUUUCCUUUAGUUUCCUUUGUGUAUUUGGUCACAUGGCAUAGUUGAAUUUCCACUGCAAGGACAAUGGAUUCAUAUGCAAUCCAUCUGCUUGUGUGGGUGUCCUUAAACUUGUUUCUAUCCAAACACACACUCCAGUGUGUUGUUCUUGAUGUAUUUCAGUAUGUGUUCCUAGGUGUCCACAUUUUGGUGGAAAAGUAAUAAGUAUCGUCUCAUUUUCUGGAGGGAAGCAUCACAUUUUUACAGCUGAUGGAGAAAUGUUUUUUCUUGUCGUACUAAAGGUGGUUUAUUUUGGCCUUCGUUUUCCUCUGAAAAUAACUUGAUGCUAGAUUGGAAUAAAGUGUGUCUAUUACA